ACGAAGAGCAGGAUGGAGCUUGCGUUGGCUCUACUUUUCUGUUUGGCGUUUUCCUCAUCCGUAGUAGCCGCUGCAAAUGCAGUGGAUUGGUGGGAGGGAGCAUCUUUAUAUCAAAUAUAUCCACGCUCCUUUCAGGACAGUGAUGGCGAUGGUGUGGGUGACAUAAAAGGAAUAACCUCUCGAUUAGAGUAUUUAAAGGAGAUUGGCAUAACGGCUACAUGGUUAUCACCCGUCUUUGAAUCGCCCAUGUCCGAUUUUGGCUAUGACAUAUCGAACUUUACCCGAAUCGAUCCCAUAUUUGGCACUUUGGAUGAUUUUGAUGCCAUGGUAGCCAAAGCUAAGCAAUUGGGAGUUAAAAUACUAUUGGAUUUUGUUCCCAAUCAUUCGAGUGACAAAUGUGAAUGGUUUCAAAAAUCCAUAAGGCGAGAGGAGGGUUUUGAGGAUUUCUAUGUGUGGCAUGAUGGCAAAGUGGAUGCGGUGGAUCCUUCGAAAAGAGUUGCUCCCAGCAAUUGGGUUUCUGUAUUUGGUGGCUCUCAAUGGACCUGGAAUGCGGAACGCCAACAAUUCUAUCUGCAUCAAUUCCAGGAUAAACAACCCGAUCUUAACUACUCCAAUCCUUUGGUACGUCAACAUAUGCUGGAAGUUUUGGAAUAUUGGCUAGACCGUGGUGUGGAUGGUUUUCGGAUAGAUGCUGUACCCCAUAUUUUUGAAAAACGAAAUGAUGAUGGCUCAUAUCCGGAUGAACCUCUUUCCGGUUGGUCUAAUAACCCCAAUAGUUAUGAUUAUCAUAAUCAUAUCCAUACCAAGGAUCAAUAUGCCACCAUUGAACUGCUGUAUGAGUGGAGAGAAUUUCUGGAGCAAUAUCAGAAGAAAAAUGGUGGAGAGACAAGAGUCCUAUUGGCCGAGGCCUAUUCUUCAGUAGAGACAUUAAGCGAAUACUUUGGCAAUGGUACUCACUCUGGGGCUCAUUUGCCCAUGAACUUCAAUUUGAUGUAUCUGAAUGGCUACUCCACUGCACGAGAUAUGGAAAAUUCUAUUAAUUAUUGGAUGCACACCAUGUGGACGAAUCAUCAAACCGCCAAUUGGGUGGUGGGCAACCAUGACAAUAAUCGUGUAGCUGAUCGUAUGGGUCAUCAUAAAGUUGAUCUUCUCAAUAUUAUUGUCAACACUUUGCCAGGAGCUUCCGUCACCUAUUAUGGUGAAGAAAUUGGCAUGUCCAAUGUGCCCACCGAAUGUACUUCGAUUUCUUGUGAUUCACGUGAUCCCGAAAGAUCGCCCAUGCAAUGGACUCCCGGAACUAAUGCUGGUUUUACUGAUGGACCUUCCACAUGGUUACCCAUAUCCAGCGAUUAUAUGAUGUACAAUGUGGAAACCGAAAGAAUGGUGGGCCGCAGCAGUUUGAAUAUUCUUAAGGCUUUGCAGUCUCUAAAACACACUGCAGCUUUUCGCAAUUUCAAAGAGCAGAAUGGAUUUUCCUACAGAGCUCUGUCGGAGCAAGUAUUUCAAAUUGUUCGAGCUGUACCCAAUCGUGAGGAGUACAUGGUCUUGGUCAAUAUGGGCAACAAACUGGAAUAUGUGGAGCAGAUAGCCAGUCGCACUUUCGAAUAUGUGCUUGUGAGUCCACAUUCGUCACACAACAAUGGUGAUAAGGUAGAUUUGAAUGGACGCAUUUACUUAAUGCCCUUUGAAGCAGUGGUACUGCGUUGGAUGGAACGAUAAUGUUUAUAAGUCCACAUGUGUACAUAAUGUCAUAUAUAUACCAUUUGCA